CCCGCGAGUCGGGCCGCUCUCUCCCGCAGUCGGAGACGAGGCGGAGCGUCCGGGGCGAGGGGACAAGGCGACCCGACGGCAGGUAAUAAGUCAUUAUUAAUCAAGAUGUCUUCAGCACCUGAGCCUCAAGCUUUUAAGAAGGAACCACCCAAAGAGAAAGACUUUGGAAACCCAGGGCUCAGAGGAGUCCGCACAACAACCUUAUUUCGAGCUGUGAAUCCAGAACUCUUCAUUAAACCUAACAAACCUGUAAUGGCUUUUGGAUUGAUAAGCCUUUCACUUUGCGUGGCUUAUAUUGGUUAUCUACAUGCAACACAAGAGAAUAAAAAGGACCUUUAUGAAGCUAUCGAUAGUGAGGGACACAGUUAUAUGAGGAGGAAGACAUCUAAAUGGGAUUAAUAGUGCUGGUUACCACGGAUGGAGCUAUAUCAAGGGCUCCGAAAGCGCCAAAUGAUAGACUUUAUGAAUGCACAAUAUCAUGUUUCUUGUUUUAGAAUAUGGUAGUAAGGAAAGAAGAUAGCAGUUAUAACCAUACCAGUAUAGUAGAUUUUGUCCUUUCAAAGCUGCAGCCAUUAUCUCAUUCUUUUUCCACAGAAAACUUCUCAAUAAACUUAUUAAAUCCUCUUAUAAAAGUACCAUGA